AUGCGAAACAACAAGGCAGACAACACCCAACGGCAAAAACUCGGCCUGGAGAGAAGGAGACAGCGGCAGCGACGCGUCUGGGGGCUUACACUAGAGGGCGAAAUUCUAGCAGCUUUUUAG